AUGUCCUCCGGUCAGACUGCACAAGACGGCGCGUGGAAGUCCCGCGCGCAGGCGGAAGAGGCGCAGUACGCCCGCGAGAAGGAGCAGGCCCAGCUGGCGGCGCUCAGAGACCAGGCCCGGGCCGCCAAGGCAGCGGACAGCACGCCCGGCGGCACCGGCGACGACAGGGACUUUGAGGGCGGCUUCGGCGGGCAGGAGGAUCUCGAGGAUCGCUACGCGACGACUUCCGGGGAGCACUGA